GAACGUUAUCACGAAUCACGUAAUAUCAUAGUAGUUUCUGUUUAUCCUUAAAAAUGUGGGCUAAAAAGAAAAAAAGUAUCAAAGUAAACUUCGUAUUAAAAAAUAAUUGCACUAAAAUCGAGGACAUGUCAGAAUCUAUGCAAUUAGCCUUACAGGAUUGUAAUGAUCACGAAUUGACAACCAACAUUGUUGCUGAAAAUGAUGUUUGUGAAAUAAACACAUUUAAAAAAAAUCAAGUUUUUGUAUUUGAUAACUUUGAAGGAAUUGCUUUUCAGCAUGUAUUAAUGGCAGCAAAACAAAAUGAAGCCGUAAUUGUUAGUCCUUUAUGUCUUAGAACUUGUUUUGUAGAAUCCAUUCCCAUACCUGAAAAUAAAUCACCAAUAUACACGUUAGCAAUGAGAGAUGUUGUAUUAAGUGCUUCUAAUAUAAACCCAAAAGAAAAAGAGAGAGUCAAAGAAAAAUUUGAGUAUAUGGGUGGAAUUUUCACACACAAUCUUAGAGAUAUUACAACUCAUUUGAUGGUUGGAAAAGUGGGAUCACCAAAAUAUACAAAAGCUAUAGAAGUAGGAUUACCAAUUAUGAUAGAAAAUUGGGUUGAUGCUGUAUGGGAAGAGAGCUUAGAACGUAAUGUAGUCGGUACUGAAUCAUUAUUUGAUAAAUACAAGUGUCCUACUUUUUAUAACCUUCAAGUGACUACUUCUGGAUUAGAUUUUAAUGACCGGGAAAAAAUUUCUAUGUUGGUUGGCAAAUAUGGGGGUAAAUACACACCUCAGAUGAAGAAAGGCGAAACUGAUGUUUUAGUAGUUAAUAAACCAACUGGACAAAAAUUUUCUUAUGCUCAACAAUGGGGUUUAAUAUGUGUGAAGCCUAACUGGAUAUUUAAUAGUGCAGAUAAAGGUUAUUUAGUAGAAACUGAGAGUUAUAUAGUCAAAAACACAAUGUUAAGUUCAACUCCAGCAAUUUCUCAUGUCCAACAUGUUUUUUCUCAAGGAGAUAUUAGUGAAAUCAUGGCUGAACAUAAAUCUUCUAUUGAAGAAACAAUAAAUGAUCCUAGUGUUCUUAAACGUCAGUUAACAAGUAGUUGUAGAACACAAGAAGAUUGUACUACGCCUAAGAAAAAUAAUGGUCAAUAUUUAUCUAAGAAUAUUAACUACAGGGCUAUUUUAAGUAAUUUAAACUUAAGUGAUGUUAAAAAAGCUGGUACAAUUUUAGAUGGCUGUAAAAUUUAUUUUAGUGGAUUUGGUACAAGUGAAGAAGAAAAAUUGAAAAGAAUUGUAAUAUCUGCUGGUGGUAUUAGAUAUACAGAAUUAAAUGAGUCUGUUACACAUAUUCUUGUUGGAGAUUUUUCAGCAUCUUUAGCUAAAUUAUUACAUUCUAUUCAACAAAAACCUCAUGUUGUCAAUAUUAACUGGAUAGUUGAAAGCAUUAAGUUGAAGUCUACUGCUCCAGAAGAUCAAUUUCUUGCAAUGGAUGCUUCUCAUGCAUUUACUCCAGAAUCUCCAUCUCCUCUUAGUAAAAAAGGAUUAUUUAUGAUGAAAAAUAGAACUCUUUCACAGUCUAAAAUUGUAGAGAAACCUAAACCAUCAACACCAUUAAUACCUGUCGCACGUCCAUUACACAAUAACUUUAUUGAUCAGUAUUUGAAUGUUGAAAUGAAUAAUAGUUCUAAUGAUUCACAAAGUCAAAGAUCAACUUGUUCAACACAAGAAACCAUGUCUACUCAAGAUAGUAAACUUGAAUCAGUUUUAGAGGGCUUGACAAUACUUAUGUUUGGAUUGGAUGCUCAUCAAAUGUCUUCUGUAAAAAGCAAAAUCAUUUCAAUGGGUGGAACAGCAGUUAGUACACGAAGUUAUCGUGGUAAAAUCAACUAUGUUGUUGUACCAAUAGUUUUUAAUGAAAAGUCAAUAACUAUAGAUGCUGAAAUAGUUAGCUGUCUUUGGAUAGAAGACUGUUUUAAUAACAUUGAAAAAAUUCAAAUUUCAUACUACCAUAAACCAGUAAUUUUUAGUGGAACAACUCCUUUAAAGAACUGUGUGAUUAGUGUUACGAAUUAUGCAGGUUCAGAGCGAUAUUUUUUAAAGGAAGUUUCAUUGUUACUUGGUGCUCACUAUCAAGAUGCAUUGUCUCGAAAACCAAAGCUAGCAGAUAAUAUAAUGGUUACUACACAUCUUAUUUGUCCUAAUCCAGAGGGUCCAAAAUAUGAAGCUUCAGUAAAAUGGGGAGUACCUGUUGUUUCUAAAGAAUGGUUGUUAGAUUGUGUAAAAUAUAAACGUCGUUUAUCUGAAAAUCAAUAUCCAAUUGAUAAUAAAGGUAAUGAAACAAUAGCAGACAAGUCUUCAAUUAUAGAUACUACAGCUACUACAUCUACUAAAUCUCUGAGUCGUUCUCAAAAUGAUUUUGAAAGAUCAAUUACACCUAAACUUACUAAUCCUGAAACAUUGCAGAAAGAUUUAGAAUCUGAACUUGCUAUACCCCUACAAGAUACAGAAGAUUUUGAACCUCCUCUUAAGAAAAAAUGUUCAAUAGAAAUGAAUUUAACACCUAAAACUAUAGUAGAUGAUAAAUUAUCUCCUAUUAGUAUGAGAACUCGUUUAAAAUCAUCUUGUUUAACACCCGUAGUUUCUGGAAAUUUCAUGGCUAAUUUAAAAACUCCUGAUACCCCAUAUGGACAAGUUUUUUAUGAAGAUUCUGUUACACCAGAAACCAAAAAACGUUGGAAAAAGUGGGUAGACACAUUACCUGAUGGACCAAAAGAAACACCUCAUCAAUCUACAGUUAAAAAUCGCCAAAGCACACCAUUGACUGAACUAAAAAGGCAACUAUGGGAUAAACUUCUACUUCCAACAUCCAAUAAUCAAGAAGAUUCUCCAGCAAAUAACAAUCAUACUGAUUCAUUGAAAAAUUAUCAUAAUUCAAGCAAAACUAACUUAUCUGAUAAUUCUUUGAAUAAAUCCAGUGUAAACAAAUCACCUACUUUAGAAUCAAAACAGCAAUCAUUAGAUAAACAAGAAUUUAGACGAACGAUGGAACAAUUACAACAAGACUUAUCAACUCCUAGAGAACCUGAUGUAACUUUAACAAGAAUAGAUUGUGCUGAUAGUCAAGAUGAUCAUGCUAGAAAUUCACUCUUUAAGGAAAGAAUAAUUGAAUCAUCACAACAAUGCUCAGUAGGAUGGGAAGACCCAACUGAACAACAAGAAAAAGCUCGAUUGAAAAGACUUACUGACUAUGAUAGAAAAUUCAUUUUAACCAGUGUAAACUCUAAUGAGCGUCAAAAAUAUGAAGAUGCAAUUGAACAACUUGGUGCUCAAGUACUACGCAGUGCUACUUUUAGUGAAGAUGUGACUCAUGUAUUAAUGCAUCAACCAAGUAGAAGUGAAAAGUACCUCUGUUCAUUAGCAUCUGGAAAAUGGAUUUUACAUCCUAGUUACAUUGAUGCUUGUUUAGAAAAAAAUUGUUUCCUUCCGGAAGAUAAGUAUGAAUGGGGAAAUCCUUUAUCUGACCUGUCAUUGUCAACUCCACUACAUGGUGCUGGAUAUCGCUGGCGUAAUAAGAUUUCCAAUGGAUAUUCUGCUGCAUUUGAUGGUAUGAAAGCUGUGCUUAUGACUUCAGAAGCACGGUAUCAGGCUUUAAGUAGACUCAUUCAAGCGGGGGGUGGAACAAUAUUAGAAGAAAAAGAUCUUUUAAACUCUACUCAUUGUAUAGUUGAUCAAGGCCAUGGAAAUAUUCCAGUUCCUUUAAAUGAAAUUGCUGUCAGAGGAAUAUUAUUAUUACCAGCUCCAUUUUUAGCAGAUUAUCUUGUUAAAGACCCACCUCCUGAUCCUAAACAAUGUUUAAUAAGUGAGUAUCAGGUAUUUUACAACAGAUUAGCACCCAGCUCAUAGAAUUACAUAAAGAUAUACUAUGUAAUUCAUUAGAAUAAAAUCUUGUUCCAUCUAUAAUGAUUAAUUUAUUUCUUCUAUAAUUUUAAAUUUCAAAUUUAUUUGGAUUAUUCAUUAAAGUUUGUUUGUAUUGAACUUGAACUGUAUUUAUUUUGUAAAAAAAAACUAUAUUUAUAACUUACUGUUUGAAAUGUUUAAAAUGUCAAACAAAAUAAUAAAAUGGUUUUAUGUUUUUAGUCUUAAUUUAGUUUGUAACA